AAUUAUCGUGGCACUUGCACUUGGCGGGACGAGUCUGCCCAGAUGUCCAUCCUGCCUGUGCUGAGCUGAAGCGUGGAGGUGCUUCCACGCCUUUGUGGUCAGAACAUGUGUGCCGUUCCCUCUGAGAGCCAAGGAAAGUUGAGGAGGAUGGUAGAAUGAAAGACCCUGCUGGGAAAAGUAUAGCCACUUGGAGCGGCUUUUUCUUCUGCAAUUCCUGUAGUGCCACCUUAUACGAUGAGGGGUCACCAGCUGAUGCGCCUGUUUUCCAGCUCCCGCCGCCUGGCCAAAAAGAGUCUCAAGCACCAAGGACCUUGUCAGCCGAGCUUCAGGAAAAUCCUGCCCAGUUUGACGCACUGGCACCACACGGUCCCAGAAUCACCAAACUGUACCUGGCAGUUAAAUGAUGAUCACUUGGAGGUGAAGUACGAGGGCACCAUCAUGCGCUUCGACUACGUCUGGCUGCGCGACCACUGCCGCUCGGCGUCCUGCUACAACACGAAGACCAACCAGCGCAGCCUGGACACGGCCAGCGUGGACCUGUGCAUCCGGCCAAAGACGGUCCGCGUGGACGAGACCACGCUCUUUCUCACCUGGCCAGACGGCCACGUGACCAGAUACAGGCUGGAGUGGCUGCUGAAAAACAGCUACGAGGGGCAGAAGCAGCAGGUGAUGCAUCCGCGCAUCCUCUGGAACGCCCAGAUCUACCAGGAGGCCCAGGUGCCGUCUGUGGAUUGCCAGAGCUUCCUGGGCACCAACGAGGGCCUGAAGGAGUUCCUGCAGAACUUCUUGUUCUAUGGGAUUGCUUUUGUGGAAAAUGUUCCCCCCACCAAAGAGGACACCGAGAUCUUAGCAGAGAGGAUCAGCCUGAUAAGGGAAACGAUCUAUGGCAGGAUGUGGCACUUCACCUCUGACUUCUCACGAGGAGACACAGCUUACACCAAACUAGCACUGGACCGUCAUACAGACACCACGUACUUCCAGGAACCCUGUGGCAUCCAGGUGUUCCACUGCCUCCGGCACGAAGGGACAGGUGGGAGGACGCUGCUGGUGGAUGGCUUCUACGCAGCUCAGCAAGUGCUCCAGCAAGCCCCAGAGGACUUCGAGCUCCUCACCAAGGUGCCCCUGAAGCAUGAAUACAUUGAGAGUGUGGGUGGCUGCCACAACCACAUGAUCGGGGUUGGGCCCGUCCUGAACGUCUACCCUUGGAACAAUGAGCUCUACCUGAUCAGGUACAACAACUACGACAGAGCUGUCAUUAACACAGUGCCUUACGAAACUGUGCACCGCUGGUACACGGCGCAUCGCACUCUCACCACCGAGCUGAGAAGGCCGGAGAACGAGCUCUGGGUCAAGCUAAAACCGGGCAAGGCCCUCUUCGUGGACAACUGGCGAGUGCUGCAUGGCCGGGAGUCCUUCACGGGUUACCGCCAGCUCUGCGGUUGCUACUUGACGAGGGAUGAUGUCCUAAACACAGCCCGCUUCCUGGGACUGCAGGCCUAAGGCGGCCUGUCCUUCGGGGGGCUAGGGGCUGCUGACCCAGAAACAGGAGUGUCCUUUAUACCUCAGAGACCUGACCUCUGCCCCCGAGAGUGGGCGAGGUCCCCGCAGCAUUACUUGAUUGUUAGCCAUCCAGUGCAGCCCUUUGCCUUCUCUUCAUCCUCCCCGUUUGUGCUCUCUGAUUGUUUGGCUCUCCUUGGCUUGAAAAGCACAACCAGUUGGCUCAGCUUGUGCAGGGUGGAACCAGGAGCCCUGAGUGUGCCUGCUGCUACACUCCAGCUGCCGGAUCGGUGCCUUUUGAGAUUUUAAAGCAGUAAUAAACCUGGGCUUGGUUAGCAGGCAUUCUGCUUGCUGGCUUUCUGAAGCUUCCCAGGUAUAGCACAUGGGUUUUCUUGGAAAGCGGGGAAAGGUUUCUGGCUUCAAAGAAUGUCAAACUGCAGCAAAGCCAGUCUACAGGGCUCUUUCCCCACCCAACCCUCCAGCCUUCAGAUACUUCCAAAAAUACACCAGUGCCCAGGUUUUCAGGGGUUAGGGUUCUCUACCUCUCUUCUUUCUCACUGCCUUCUGGGGGUCAAAACCCACCAGUGACGGGGAAAGCUGCUGCAGGAAGCUGAGGGUAAGGGGAGGAAGAGCAGCAGCAAAGCUGGAGAAGCAAGAUGGUGCUAAAGGACCUUCCUCCCAGUUUCGCAAAAGCUGAGGUUGCAGGCGCAACACUAAGGCUGUGCAAAUCAGCAAACCGUGAGCUCGCCAGGAUUCUUCAAAUUCCAUCUCAAAGCUCGUUCUGAAUCGAGUUGGCUUAUCAGGUGGCUUUUUUACUUUUCACACCAGCAUCCAUCCAUAUUUUCAUGCAUAUUUUUCCAAAUGUACUCAUCGGUCAUGAGCACCCAUGAAAUGUACACAUUCUUCUCCUACUGAUUUAAGAGUGCUUGUGCACUCUUCUCAGAGGUGCCGAUUUAUUUCACGCACAUUUCACAAAUGAAUGCAUGCAUUCAAAUGCCUUUCUGGUGGGUGAGGUCCACAAAUUACAUUGCAAGCCCAAAGAUGUGCAAACUUCUACCAACAGGUGGCAUGAAUCAGAUCUUGAUCAAAAUAAACCGAAAUUAAAUUAUAUAUUCCUACACAUAAUUUCUCUCUUUUCCUGUUUCCUUUAUUUUACAGCUGCUGACAGGAUGACUUAAUUCCACCAGCCUAAGCAAUCCCUUGCUGCCCAUUCUGCUUUUGCAAUAAGCACAGCAGCUGGCUUGCUUUCCUUACAGUUUGUUUAUCUUGACCUUUCUUAUUGUGUUCAUUCAAGGAAUCAGUCCUGUUUGCUUCAAAACAAGGCGAGAGGACUAUCCCAAUCAGGAUUUGAGGCAUGAUUGAACUGGAAAGCUGGAAGGAGGGAAACUCGUUGAAUUAUGUAUUUCCUGAAUUUCAUAUCUGUGUUCGUUCAGCAAAAUGAGUUAUGUUUAACAUACGGCCUUUACUGCUUUUCUCAAUAACUGUAUUUAUUGAGAUAAAUAAAUAUCCCCUUUGGCAGGAGAAGGAAACAGCAUGUUUGCUGUCAUCAAAGCAAAGGCCUUGGGUGUGUGAAUGGAGAAAUCGUUUUAGACAACAUUUCCCAUGCCCUUCAGGAAGAACUGUUUGGCAGCAGGUCCUAAAGGUAGCACCCUCAAGGGCCAAUGAUUUGGGGGUACCUGCUGAUGAGCAAAUGUAAGCCAUUCACCUGGAGCACCUCUGCAUGCAAGGGAGAAGCGGCUGUCAUCCUGUUGGCAGAGCAAAAUAGGGAGGUUGAAGGAGACUGCUUGUCGGGGGCAAAGGCAGUCACUCUCUGCCACUGCCUGGGGGAGUCUCCUUUUCUGUGCCUGAACUGGAUGUAAAUGCCCUUCCUCCCUUAUGUUCAAUUUGCUGCAGACUUGCCUCAUUAGCCACGGUUAAGAGCGAAGCCCUUGAAAUAAAACUAGGGAUGCAGGCAGCUUGCCUGCAUUUCUGGUUCAUGCUCGUUUGAAGAAUGGCUCUGUGUGAGCGUGUCCACAUGUCCUGGCAUGUCACAGCACAAUGUCUUUUGAAGUCAAAUGCUCAAGGGAUUCUGAAAUGUAUAGAGGCAUUGCGGUGGAUCUGUGAGCGCAGUUGAAGAUGUCUGCCUUUCUCCAUGGCUUGGACCUCACUCUCUGAGCUGCUUGUUCCUACUGAGCUGGGCAAGAUCUCGGCUCAGUCCAUUUCCUGUUGCUGCAGAACUUUUCCCAAAUGGGGCCUUCGCAACCUUCCUUGGCCCACUGGUCUAACUGGGGAUUUUAGCAGGGGGCAAGGAGAGACCACCCAGCUACCAGCCCCAUAUGAUCCAGUAAGACUAGGGCUGUUUGGGUUGAUCUCUUUCAGGUGCACAGAAGGGGUGGGUUGGGGGGUGUUGUUGGCAUUGGACAUGCAAAGCUGCCAAGUUACCAUGCACUCCAAUUUGUCCGUCAGGAAGAGGUGGUCUAUUUCCUUGAUGUAGUUUAUGUUGUUCUGUGGCUUUCUUCUCUUGAGUUGGGGUGUGAAUGAGCUGGCUACCUAGAAACAAUCUAAAGCAGGGUUACAGAACCUCAGCCCUGGGGCCCACAGUUGGCUGUCUGGGAUCCCAGUCUGGUUGUCAGGGAUUCCCUCAUGGCCACCCCCUGCCCAAAAAUUUCAUUCAUUUGUGGUUUUUAUUUGAAAGGGCUGACAGCAGCAUCAGAAAUUGCAUCUUAGCUUUCCCCAAACCUCUGGAAAUCUGUGCAUCUGUUGCUAAGGUUGGAAAUUGCUUGGUUUUACUAUGAUGCAUUCUGGGGCAGUUUUGUAAAGCACUUUUUCUGCAUUUCCUUCUUUGCUGCUAAUAAAAAUAUCAGUGGUAUAUCUUUUCUGAGCA